AUGACUUUAGAAGACUUUGAAAAGUCAUUGGCCGAGGGUAGGGACCGGCGACACGAAAGAAGCGAUCGAGAGCGACGCCAUCGAGAUGACCGCGACCGCGACCGCGACCACAGCAAAGACCGCUCGAGGCAUCACCGCUCUCACUAUUCAUCCCAUCAUCGGCGACAUUCUUCGAGAUCGCGGGAACGUGGCAGCGAUCGAAGCCGUGAGCCGCGGCACCGUGACGAUGAUGGCCACCGACACAAGCGUUCGCGUCAUUCUACCGACCAAGGCGACGAACACGACCAUAAGCGCCGACACCGAUCCAAGGAGGGAGAGCCUUCUGCUGCCAAAUCAGUGGUCCAGGAAGGACCUAGUAGCUUAAAGCGGGACUCCUGGAUGGAAGCUCCUUCCGCCCUUGACGUUGAAUACGUUCGUCGGCCAGAUCAUACGCAAAAGGUGGAAGACAAACCGAAAAUGCUCUCAGCAGACUAUGAGUUGAAGAUCCACAACAAAGAGAUGAAUCAACAUCUACGGGAUCUCGCGGACGGAAAGACCGUUGAGGAGAUAGAGGACGAGCCUGCCCAGCAUGAGGUCGACUACACUUUUGGAGACUCGGGCUCACAGUGGAGGAUGACGAAGCUUAAAGGAGUGUACAGAGAGGCGGAGGAAAGCGGACGACCUUUAGAUGAGAUUGCUGUUGAGCGGUUUGGCGAUCUCAGGUCAUUCGAUGACGCCCGGGAAGAAGAAACCGAGGUUGAACGUCGCAAAACAUACGGCAAAUCCUACGUUGGCAAGGACAAGCCUAGCGGGGAACUGUUCCAAGAGAGAAAGCUUCAGAUCGAUGCUAAACGAGGCCCUCUUGAGCAUGUCCGUGAUCCCGAGCAAGAGCUCCAAGCGGAGGGCCAAGGCAAGAAAAUGGAUACCGUGCCUCCUUCAAAUACAACCAGGCCCCUUGAUAUGACUGCAUUGAACCGCAUGAAAGCUCAGAUGAUGAAGGCGAAGCUCAAGGGUGGUCCAGAAGCUCCCGAACUUGAAAAUAAAUACAAUGCUGCGGCUGCGGCAAUGUCGAACCGCAAAGAAUCUGAUGUUGUGGUUCUUGGCGUUAUGGAGAACCGAAUGUUGGCAGGCUCAAGGAACGAGGUUAAGUCAAUUGACACCAAGAGAGGCCGCGAAAGAGGCCAAGUGGAAGCAAACGAAGACAUGAGUAUCGAGGAUAUGGUUCGUGAAGAGCGCAAGACCCGUGGCCAACCUGGCGGAGAAGGACAACGAUUGGCAGAGCGAAUCGGCCGCGAUGCUAAGUUCGAGAAUGACCUGGAGUACAUGGAUGACAAUGCGUCCAAGCUCGCCAAGCGGAUGCAUCGAUCUGAAAUUGACCUCAAAAACACGACUAUCAACGACUUCCACAAGAUGAACCGGAUCUUGGACAACUGCCCACUUUGUCACAAUGAAGACAAGGGCACACCCCCAGUUGCCCCAGUGGUGUCCCUUGCGACAAGAGUCUUCCUCACACUUCCCACCGAACCCGAGAUCAGCGAAGGCGGUGCUACCAUCGUACCAAUUCAACAUCGCACUAACCUAUUGGAGUGCGAUGACGAUGAGUGGGAAGAAAUCCGCAACUUCAUGAAGAGUCUCACACGCAUGUACCACGACCAAGGUCGCGAUGUAAUCUUCUACGAGAACGCAGCCCAGCCACAACGCAAACGACACGCAUCUAUGGAAGUGGUUCCAUUGCCCUACAGCCUUGGAGAAACGUCUCCCGCGUUUUUCAAAGAGGCGAUCCUCAGCGCAGAGUCAGAAUGGUCGCAGCAUCGCAAGCUUAUUGAUACCCUGGCCAAAUCAAAGCAAGGAAUGGGCCGGUCUGCAUUCCGCCGAAGCCUAGUUAAGGAGAUGCCAUAUUUCCACGUCUGGUUCGAACUCGAUGGUGGCCUGGGCCAUAUUGUGGAAGAUGAUUCUCGCUGGCCCCGGGGUGAUCUCUUUGCUCGAGAGAUCAUCGGUGGUAUGCUGGAUGUUGCGCCGGACGUUAUCAAGCGACAGGGACGCUGGAACCGUGGUGACCGCCGAAUUGACGGUUUCAGAAAGCGAUGGAGGAAGUUCGACUGGACUCGUGUAUUAGUUGAAGGGUCUUGA